CACUAUGGAUUUCCAAAAUCGUGCCGGUGGCAAAACCGGUAGCGGUGGGGUGGCAUCAUGGUCUGAAACCAAUCGUGAUCGCAAGGAACGUUUGCGCCAAUUGGCGCUGGAGACAAUCGAUCUAAAUAAAGAUCCAUAUUUUAUGAAAAAUCAUUUAGGCUCCUAUGAAUGUAAACUUUGUCUGACGCUGCACAAUAAUGAAGGCUCCUAUUUGGCCCACACUCAGGGUAAAAAACAUCAAGAGAAUUUGGCACGUCGAGCCGCCAAAGAAGCCAAAGAGGCACCGUCUAUGAUGGCGCCGGAAAAACCUCGUGUCGAACCGAAAAAAUUCGUUAAAAUCGGUCGUCCCGGUUAUCGGGUGACCAAACAACGUGAUCCCAAUAAUGGACAACAAUCACUGCUCUUUCAAAUCGAUUAUCCCGAAAUAACAGAAGGUAUUAUACCACGACAUCGUUUUAUGUCAGCAUAUGAACAGAAGAUAGAACCACCAGAUCGUAAAUGGCAAUAUUUGUUAUUUGCCGCCGAACCAUAUGAAACGAUUGGCUUUAAGGUACCCUCGCGAGAAGUUGAGAAGACUGAGGGUAAAUUUUGGACACAUUGGAAUCGUGAUACAAAGCAAUUCUUUUUACAAUUUUCCUUCAAAUUGGAACCGAAAAUCAUACCACCACCACCGCCAAAUUUACACAGGGCAUUGGGUGGACCACCGGCUGGUUUUCCUAUGCCUGGACCGCCGAGACAUAUAUUUAAUGGGGUACCACCGCCACCACCAAUGGGUGUACUGCCAGUACCGCCGCCGCCAAUGUGAGAAGAGGAUCCAGC